CCUUCCAUAUAAAGAUCAGCUUUGAAGCCAGGGAUACUUUACCUUGGUGUAACUGUUUUCAGUUGUAGAAACAACACCAGCGCUGAGUAGGUCUGUCUGGAACAGACUUGAAGGAUCAAAGAAGGUGCCAAGCACUAACCAUCCAGCAGGAUGGCCUCAGGAAAUGUGUUCAUGAUAUUUCAAUAAGGAUCAUCAUAAAAAAGACAAGAGCGAAGGGUUUGACACUGCAGUCAGGAAGGAGAGUCGGGAAGGGUCACCCUGGAUAGCGGACCUACAGUGCUCAUCGGAAGGACCAACCGUGUGGAGGAUUGUAAGCUUGCAGCGUGGUCAAAAGGGAAGCAGCAUCGAAAUCAAAGCCUGCGGAAAUUCAGCAUGAAACGGUAAACAUGAAGGAGUAGAGCUCCAGUACUUUCUGCCAAUCAACAUAAUGUGAUAACUACAACUCCGCCCCCUCUCUCUAUCUGCAUCUGUAAUCUUUGACAGGUUCCCACCCUGAUGUGUUCAGCCAAUCUCGGUUAACUGAUGAUAGGCAGUCGUCACUUGCUGGCUCUUCGCUCGUCUCCCUAGUGUUACAUGCAGCAGUCUGUUGUAAAAUGGAAUACGAGGGAGACAGAAUCCAAACACAGUCUACCCUGCUUCUGUACUUUGAAAGUUCAGAAAAUAGGAUAAAAAUAGACCAAUGGUCAGCUUCUAACAGCAGCAGGAGACAUGUUCAUUGUUUCAAACAUUAAAUGUCUAUGAUCUGCGAUCAACUAUCAUCAGGAUCUUUCAGCUACUUCUUCCUCUUCUUCAGAUUUAAGUCACACACUCAGUCCUAUGGGAUCGGCUCCAUGUACAUCCUACGGCAAGGAUCACUGGAAGACGGUUGAGAGGUGGCCAUGAUGUGCUCGCACCACCCAGCCUUCUCCUCUGCUCUCAGAGGUCUCACCUUAAAAUCCCAAAGAUUUGUGCUGCUGCUGCUUUGUGCCUGUCUGACAGGCAAUGCUUCUGUAAUCUGUCCUCCAGUCUGCAUUUGUGCUAGUGAUAUCAUUACAUGCAGUAAUAAAAACCUGACCGCUGUGCCAAGGACGCUCCAUAAAGUUGUGACCAGCUUGGAUGUUAGCUAUAACAGUAUCAGCAUACUUGGUUCUAACUGGGCUCCUGCCAUCUUAGACAGGCUGAAAAUCCUCAUUCUCAAUCACAACAGCAUUGAUUUCCUCUCCAGAGGGGCCUUCACUCCCACCCCACAACUGAGGUAUCUAGACCUAUCCUCCAACAAGCUGAAAAUAUUGGACGACUCAUCAUUUCAAGGUUUGAAUUCCCUGGAGACCCUACUUCUUUACAAUAAUCAGGUGGCACAGGUUAGCGCCGGAGCUUUUGAAGGUUUGUACAAACUCCGUAAAUUAUAUCUCAGUCAGAACUUGAUCUCACACUUUCCCUUGCAGUUGUAUAAAGGAAAGUCUAAACUUCCACUGCUCGAACUGUUGGAUCUGUCCUUCAACAAAUUGACUUCUGUACCAGUCCUGCAGUUAACUGCACUGUCAGUUAGGCUGCAGAGUGGUUUGUACCUGCAUGCAAACCCAUUUACCUGUGAUUGUUCUUUUUACACAAUGGUCACCUACUGGUAUAACUGGCGGCUUAGGUCUGCGGUAGAUUUUAAAGAUGAUUAUAGGUGUUAUUUUCAGCUUGACUCCAAGAGAAGUGUUAGUGUUUUACUGAUCCACGAUGACCUUCUGAAUUGCUCCAAUAGUACUAUGAAUGGAUCCUUUCAUGCCUUGGGGCUGAUUUAUGAGGCCCACUUAGGGGAAAGACUAGUGAUAAACUGUGACAGCAAGAUACUGGAUUCAAACACAAAUGUCUUAUGGGUCACACCCAGGAAUGAUACGUUGCAGCCAGGCAUUCAAGAUCAGGGUCUGCAGGUAUUAUUGAAUGGAAGCCUUGAGAUUCAACAGGUUCAACCUGAAGAUGAAGGGACCUACUCCUGUAUAGCAAUUAACAGCAGACGAAUGCUAAACGAGACGGUAGAGGUGACACUGAAGGUGCACAAUUUUACACAAAACGGGCAGCAUUCACAAACCUUUAACACAGCUUUCACAACCCUCUCUGCCUGCCUAGCUAGCAUUAUUUUGGUCUUGAUUUAUCUAUAUUUGACACCUUGCCGUUGCUGGUGCAAAGCCAAGCAGAAACACAGAAAGCCAAAUGGGAACAGCGCUCACUCUUCAAUCCUGAGCACCACUCCCUCACAUGAAGUCGGUGGAGAAAGGAAAGCCAGCACUUGCAAGCGGGUGGUCUUCCUGGAGCCAGUUAAAGAGCCACUAAAGGGACAGAAUGGGAAAAUGAAACUGCUUCCUACCAAUCACAGCAUGGCUGAAAAGAUCCUGAAAGCCAAAAGAGGAAAAGCUGAUGUUGACUCCAUCAGUUCUGUGUUCUCAGAUAAACUGAUCAUGGCAUAAUCCAAAUAUCAUGGAUGUGGCUUUGUCAGGAGCUAGACUGCUGCCAAUUAGACACAUUGAGAGGACCUGUCACCUCAUAACAUUGGCAUUCAUGGUAAAUCUCCUUGUUCAUGGAAAUGUGAAAACCAGACUGAAGAACAAUUCUGCUGUCUUGAAUGUUAACAGGGCUAUGUCACCUUGAAGGGGAUCUUUGAAAAUCUACUCAAUUUUUGGAAUGUGGAAGAUCCUUCAUGGGGGUAAAAACACAUAUCACUCUAUCUAUAUAUGCUGAAUUCCGCAUAUUGUCCUGGCAGCUUUACUUGCCAGAGAUUAAAAAUGCCCCUCCCCACAAAAAAUCAACUUGACACACAGGUGAGAUGCUGUGAUGAAGUUAUUUUACAGCAAUGUCUAGGUUGCAUUUUCACAAUUCUUUCUCUCAAGUUGACAUAGCCCUUUUAAAGAGCUUAUUGUGAUGGAAUAAACCUAGUGAUGCUUUACUAAAUCCUUAGAAGCCGUGAGUACAAUGAAGCCUCAUUAAUGGACCUGCAUCCGCUUCAGACACACCGGCAGAUAAUAUGCAAUGCUAAUUUUGCUCUAAUAACCAAUGAAGCUAUGUAAAAUGAUUAAUCUUUGCCACACAAAUUCAGUACACUGUUGCUACUUUCAAUUUUUCAUAAACCUUUGCCACGAAUUACAUUUCAAAAAAUUCCGGUGACAGACCAUUAUUCUAGCCAGCUUGUUGACGAUAAACAUGUACAGGAUCAUUUAUCUCCUCAGUGCUAUACUCAUAUUGACUAGGAGCCUAAGUUUAUAGUAUAGAGUAUAAAUUAAACUUUUAUACAAAAAUCUAAAGCACCGCCCACACCUUGUUCACACUUCUAAUAUAUGCUGUAAUGAACAACACAUUAUUUUAUCCCAUGACAAUAAAAUUGGCAAAUUUCAGUGACCUCAGUUCUAAGAGUCAGUCCUUUUCAUACCAUUGUAGCAUCAGUAAAAUUGAAGAAUUACCAGCAUUAAGAGCAGCAGGUCAUUAACAAGAAUAUUGAAGUCUACACAUUGAAACCCUGCAACAGGAGGAUUCCAAUGUAAUGACCCAGUUAAUACGUGAUGAAAUUAUUGGACUCGUAGCUGGCCAAUGCCAGCUUAAGCUCCAGUCUCAGAAGAUGCUCAUGUUCAGCAUUCCCAACCGGAUAAGCUUCAUCAGCUCAGCUUCAGCUACAAGGCUGUCUAGGGAGUCUAGCAGGAAUCCUCCAGUGGUUCCUUUCUCAUAUCAAGCAUCCUUCUCAGUGGUUAUAGCCAAGGAGUAGCAUUAAUGCUGCCAGGAACAGACAGUUCUAUCUAAUUUAAGAGGCCAGGGAAAUGGGGUGGAAUUACAAAAAUAAAUUAAAUAAUAAUAAAAGAGAUUCUAUAAUCAUUUAUUCCAUUAUGUAUUAUUUAUAAUCUUUAAAAUUAAAUUAUUUAACUUUUUCCAAGUAUCAAAAUGGAUAGUCGAAAACAAAGUACUCUGAAUGUGAAAUGAUUAGUUUGUACUGAUGUACUUAAAAGAUAUAUACAAGUCUGUAAAUGCAGUAUUUUGUAGUAUCAACUUACUGUGGGGGAUAUUUAUCUUUGUUACCAUAAGCUUAGAAAUUUUAUUGUAUAAUGUGUAUGAUAUCUAAAAUGGCCUUUGAUAUCCAUUGUCUUAGUUUGUAAUUAAUAUCUGGUUUUCAAAAUUGUAGAUUUGAAACAGAAUUAUGCUACUGGAAAUACAAAAACAGACAAAAAUAA